ACUUGAGUCACCUUGGUAAUUUUGUUAUUUUUGUUCUCAGAUGAGUCAGGCCGAGCAGGUGCCUGAGGACAUGCCUGCAUGCCACACAGAUGAGCCAGAAGCUACAGAUGCCAACAAGGACCACCCACAGACACAGCCGGGGAUGUUCGGCAGGUUGGCGGGGGGGUUAUAUGGAGCCACCAAAGCUACAGUGGGUGGCGUGACUUGGAUAGGAGGAAAGAGCCUGGACCUCACCAAGACAGCUGUCUGCACUGUAGCUGCCGUGCCUGUAAUGGGAGUGGGGCUGGUGAAGGGGGGAGUGUGUGCCGUGGCUGGCGGCGUGACCGCGGUCGGGUCUGCAGUAGUCAACAAAGUUCCUCUAGGAGGCAGCAAAAAGAAAGAUAAGUCAGACUGACAUGGAGCAGAGGAGACUGGACACACAGCUCACACUCCUGUUGAUGUUUUAACAUUUGUAAGCGGGAGAAAAAAGCAACUAAGGACUUAGAGCUGCAGUUUGCAAGUUAUGCUGUUGUUGUUUUUGUGUUAUUUUUAUGUAACUAGAGAUACAAUUCCACAAAUGUUUAAUUAUGUUUUCAAAAUGUGUACAUAAAAAGAAAGCAAUACAGCACACCUGUUCUCAUUCCUUCUGAUUCAAGACAAUCAAUGAUGAUCUGUGCCUUAUAAGGAGUUCUUUACUUUCAUCUGGAAAUAAUUCACUUUCAGCUGGUAAAUAUUAGAAACACUCUGAGUCUGAUUUUCUGAUUAUUCCUCUUCAGAUAAACACACGUACUGACAAAUGAUCAGAUAAAUCUGAUCAAGGACAUGGUAGAUAAAGUCCAGUUUUUUAAUAUAGAUUUUUAUGGGUUGGUUUAUUGUGUUUAACCUGAACAUUUUGGUGUCUUCCAUUUCAAUGUGCAUGCUUCUCAGAUGUAUGGCUUUCUUGUGGUAAUCUUCUCACCUUCGUAGAAGAUUGUUGUUUUAGACAUUUUAUUUUUAUUAUUAUUAUUAUUACUACAAUAAAUGCAUUUUAUUACU